AUUACGGACUGCUUCUGAGGCCAAAAGCCUCGUGGAGCUCCAUCACCUAUCUGGGCAUUCCAUGACCUAGUUAAUCCUUCCCUUUACUCCCCUUGAUCUUCAAUAUCUUGUGACUCCUUUCCUCCUCCUUCCUUAAUAUCCCACCAAAUUCUACCUGAGUCCGUACCGUCCUUCUGACGUUCAGUGCGAACUCAAGAGGUCGUCAUGGCGCGUGUAUAUGCGGAUGUGAAUCAACACAUGCCCAAGUCAUAUUGGGAUUACGAUAGUGUCAAUAUAUCCUGGGGAGUGUUGGAGAAUUAUGAAGUUGUUCGCAAAAUUGGGCGCGGGAAGUACUCAGAAGUGUUCGAGGGAAUAAACGUCGUAAACUACCAAAAAUGCGUCAUUAAGGUGCUAAAGCCAGUCAAAAAGAAGAAGAUCAAGCGGGAGAUCAAAAUCCUGCAGAAUCUAGCUGGAGGCCCCAACGUUGUCGCUUUAUUGGAUGUUGUCCGCGAUAGCCAAAGCAAAACCCCUAGCUUGGUUUUCGAGUAUGUCAAUAAUACCGACUUUCGAACGCUAUAUCCUCGUUUCGUCGAUUAUGACGUGCGGUAUUACAUCUUCGAAUUGUUGAAAGCUUUGGAUUUUUGCCAUAGCAAAGGCAUCAUGCACCGAGAUGUUAAGCCGCACAACGUUAUGAUAGAUCAUGAGCGGAGAAAGCUUCGGUUGAUCGACUGGGGCCUUGCUGAGUUCUACCAUCAAGGUACUGAGUACAACGUUCGCGUAGCGUCCAGGUACUUCAAGGGUCCAGAGCUGCUAGUUGACUUCCAGGAAUAUGACUAUUCCCUUGAUAUGUGGUCACUUGGUGCCAUGUUCGCAUCAAUGAUUUUCAGGAAAGAGCCCUUUUUCCAUGGGAGUAGCAAUGCAGACCAGCUUGUAAAGAUCGCCAAAGUCCUGGGAACUGAUGGGCUUUUUGAAUACUUGGACAAAUACGACAUAGAAUUGGAUCCUCAGUACGAUGAAAUCCUUUCACGCUACCCGAGAAAGCCUUGGCAAUCCUUUGUGAAUCAAGAAAACCAAAGAUUCGUCAGUAAUGAAGCUAUCGAUUUCCUCGACAAAUUAUUAAGAUAUGAUCAUGCGGACCGGCUUACAGCCCAAGAGGCUAUGUCUCACCCCUACUUUGCGCCUGUGCGUGCAGCUGCGGCCCAACUCACCCAGAAUUCAAGCACUCCAUUGCAUUCUUGAAUUCAGUUACUACCCUUUCCUCUCAUUAAGUUCUGAGUGGUCCGUCCAUUCAAACCUUGCAGUGGGGCUGCUCUCUUAGCAAUGGAUUUGACACAUUCCCCCAUUUUGGAAUUGGAAUCACUGUUCAGCUUGGUUCACUGUCAUCAGAGAUGAUGUCCGAGCGCUCUUCGGUUGUUUGUGGAUACUGCCAAUAGGUCCAUGCCUAGAUGCAUACAAAGCUCCGCAACAUAGUAGGUAUUUAAAUAAUUGACAGUGUCAGAAAGAGCCUUUGCGGCCUGGCGUACUUGCCAUGCGCUACAGCUUUAUUAAAGCAAUUGUCACCUUGAGUGU